AUGUCCUUCUCCUUUGAGACCCUCCACAACACCUCCUCCGAGGACUUCCUCUACAUUCUCUUCGGCUCUGACUACGAGUCCGACACCUCCCUCCCCACCACCAUUGCACCCUCUGCGGUGUUCAACCAACCUCCUCCUCCUCCUCCCGGCACCGGCCAAUACGCAUCUCACCAAGGUCCUCGAUUCGCCCUACUCGCGGUUGAGACUUGGCGGGACCGCGGAUGUCAGUACAUCUUUUUUGACCCCCUUUGCAAGGGCAGGCAAACCUACUUUAAGCAGUGGGAUAAGCCCAGGACCCCUUGUGAGGAUGCGGCUAUAAAGGCUAUGUGGGCCGAGCGCCUCCAUCCAAAUUCUCCCAGGCCGGCUACUCCACAGAUGCUCUCGUUGUGGCUCCAGGGCAGGUUUUGA